AUGGUUUCUGAGAGAGAUUCGAAAAUCUCAUUAUUUCUUACCACCUUCAACGUGGCAAAGCAGCCCUUGCAUGCUGCAGACUACAUCUCGAGCGUGGCGCCGGCGCUACCCGAAGAGCCUUGUCAUUUGUAUGUGUUUGGCUUCCAGGAAUUCUGCUCAGUGAUGGACAGCUGCUUUGAAGAGCCUGCGACUUUUCAUUUGAUACAAGAAAACAGAAUUGCUCUUGAUACGCUAAGGAACAAGUAUGGCCACGGCCUCAACUUUACCACCAUUGGCUUUUGCCAUGUGGGUGCUACAGGGAUCUUUGCUAUCACACCGUUUCCGCUGAGAUUUAGGGAUUGCAAAACGGCUACAGUCAGCUGUGGGAAUGGAGGUUCGUCUUUGAAAGGGGGAGCAGGUAUCAGGGUGCGCUAUGUUUGUGAGGAGUCUGAGCCUACCGAACUCACGUUUGCUAAUGCUCACUUGGGAGCUUACGAAGGUGAAGUGUACUACCAGAGACGGGUAAAGAACGUGUGGACAGUGAUGCGGGCAUUGGAUUUUGGAGAUGGGUACAGUUUUUUGAAACCAACGUCUCAUGGGUUUUUCAUGGGAGAUUUGAAUUUUAGGACGUGUAAGAAUCCCGGAGACGAGCUCCCCACUGCUGAGCUCUCGAGAUUGCGCGAUCAGACCCAUGAAAGCUACCUGAAAGAAGAUGUGGAAAAGCUUGUCUUGAAGUAUGAUGAGCUCUUGCAAGGCAAGUCCAAUGGCGACGUCUUCACCGGCUUCUCAGAGGCAUGUAUCUCCUUCACACCAACUUAUAAAUAUCACCCCAACACUGCUAUUUACAACAGCAAGAGGUGUCCGCUGUGGUGCGAUAGGAUCUUGUUUCAGAAUACCUAUAGAAAGAAUGCACCUGAAGUACACGCUUACAACAGCAUUGACACAUACUUGAGGUCGGACCAUAGGCCAGUAUACCUUCAUAUCACAGUCCCCCACGACGCCCCAGAAAGUAUGAUCGGCCAUAAUGGCAAUCUCGUCAUUUUGCCCAGUGCGGUGCCUAGUCGACAUGUUACUCAAGCUACUAGACAAGAAAUGCUGCUUCCGGAAGAAGAUGAUCUUGUGAGUGGGCCCACUCUGAUGUACAUGAAAUGCACUGCUAUUGAUAAGUUGAAGCAAUUGCUAGUAAGGCGUGUUGCAGACACAAGUUUGGGGUACGGUGUGUGGCUUGGAAGCACUCCCAAGGGCAGACUCACACUUCUCGUUGCAUUUUUGUUGAUCUGGAUCUUGAUCUAUUUGAGUCGUUGA